UUAGAACUCACCAUCACCGGCGCAACUUAGAAUGAGUAUUCCACUGCAUUGCCGCCGCUCUCCGGUGACGAUCAAAACCUAAUCCCCAAAUAAAUUUUCCCGAUCAUGCACUGCUCUUCCCAUUAUCGAGAACUCAUGGUUGAUUUUCACUCUUCAGCUGUGGAGGUUGGAAGCAUAGCUUUGACCUAUUAAAUAUGCCAACACUGUUGGUCUUUGACAUUAUUCUAGAGACUUGAGGUUCAAGGAUAGUUUUCCAUGUAUCCUUUGUUUCAAAAGGUAUCAACUUUUACCUCCUUCAGGUUAGAGUUACUGAGUUAGUAUCUUUUCUCUUCUUUGAAGUAAUAAAAGAGGGAAAUGUAUUAAUGACUUUGAUCUUAGAGGAAGUAACUUAAUUUGAACAUUUAACACUACUCUAAUGUUCUAACAAAUAGUAGAAAUCAUUAAUUAGAAUGAGAGGAUUAAGGAAAAGCUAGAAUAGGCUCUGACGAAGUGACAAAAUUCUUAUUUUUCUUUGAUGAGUGGAGGAAGUUUCCUCCUCAUCUAUUGCUAUCCCAUUCCCUGCUCCUCUUUACCGAUAUACCUGUGAACUAUGAGAUCAAGAAAAAAAAUAGAUGCAGGGCCCAGAGUUUCAAAGCUACUCUUGAGCUUCCUUCUCCUGCAGCCAAAGAAACUGACUAGACAGUGCUUGUCAGGAGGGAGAUUCGAUCUUUGCAGUCUUAAUAUUCAUGAAAACAUUAGAGAUUACAAUGUCUUUUUCUAAGUGUCAUAGUCUCACUCAAAUUCCAUCUUGCUUAUGUUCUGAUCUUGUGAUAGAAUUGUCAUGCCUGCUAUUUUUAUUCAAAUUUGCACCAACAAAAACACAAGUAUCUUAGAUUCUGGGACAAAUUGGAGGCACUUUUGUCCAGAGAUUACAGUUGAGUACCUUAGCCAUAUCUUGGAUGUUUUUUCGUGACUUCUUUUGUAUUGUAGUUUUGUGAUAUUACUGAAGAAAAGGAUUAUGAUGAGCGAAUUUGUUUGGAAGAACUGUGUGAGAAGGUCCUAUCUGGACAAAAGAGGACAACAACCUAUCUUGAUUCCUAGCAAGAAAUGGUCAUGCCUGAAAUCAGUUAUCAAUUACUACACAACUAUGCUGACCAAAUUCAAAACUGGGAUUGGAUCUGCAACAUUUAUUCUCAAGCUUCAAGAUCAUUUACCAGUAACAGUGGCAGCCAAUUCAAAAGUAAACACACUACUAGCUAAACAAAUUGAGGCUGUGAUACUGAGUUGCAAUUAUGUUUGGAGAUGCAUUGUUGCCUUGAGAAUGUUCUCUCAUUGUUGAGGAGUUGAAGCAGACUUCAUUGUGUUUUCAAGUGAGUGGAAAAUUGCAUUUCAGUCUGCGCGAUCAUCCAGGAAAUUUGCUACCUACCAAGCAUAAUUCAUGACAUUGAAAGAUGAUUUGGAUCUAGAGCACGGUAUCCAGAUUCAACAAAUAAAUGUAUUUAAUCUGAUUACAGAUCCAAUCAUACUAUUUCUGUAAGUUUAUUUAUCUAUUUAUACCUACUUAGAGAUACAAUUAAUGUUGUCAAACUCAAAAUAUACACUCCUUGGGAAGCACUAAUCACUAUAGGUAAAUAGAUGUUGCUUUACAUUUUA